CCGGACCACUCUAUCCCUGGAUUGCUAACGAAAAGUUCAACACAACGAACCGACGUCACCGGGACGGUGUCAUCUCGACUUGUCCGACUUCUCAGUUCUUUGUCCUUCAUUAACUGCGGCUAUUCGCUCUCUCUGAGAGCACAUACACCACAGGACCUGUUGGCCCUUCCGUCGAUUUCGACAUUCAAACGCAGUCAUCGCAAAUCAUUGAAGUCCUUCUCCUGGUCGACUGAAGUGUCUCAAGAUCAACCCAGUGCACUACACCGUUGGGCUUUGUCUUUGUGGGGGGCUAUUAAUCAAACUCGAACAGACUCAGACCCCAAUACAUCCUGCGGCCGGAAGUCAUGGAGAGCGUCUUUGUGCUCUUGUCGGGAGAACUGGUGAUGCAUAUGGUGGUGUGGUGUGGAAGAGAGGAAGCACAACCACAGGUGGCUGGCUGGAACUAUCAUACAAAGAGGGAAGCCCUAACCCUCACAGCUCUACCGGAUCACUGCCAGACAAAAGCUCCUCGAGUCGGCAUGGGACAUGUGUUGUUUCUCUCCGUCAACCGGGCAACAAGCACCGCCCUGGCCAGCUCGGCCGUCCACGACGUGACGACCAGGGAGAAGGCCGAGGCGGCAGACUCGAUGGAGUCGUUCUGGAUGGGCGAGACGCUGAAGUACUUUCCACCUGAUCUUCAGCGACGCGGGGUUGGUCAGCCUGGAUGAGUUUGUUUUUAAUACGGAAGCGCACCCUUUCCGCCGGUUGGUGAGGUGAUCAUUCUGUCACGCGCUUGGAGUUCAGGGGCAGCAUGCUACAUCGAUUAUGAGAUGAUAUUAUGAGAUAGUAGUAAUAAAGUGCACGAAAUAUGGAUACGUCGC